GAACAUGAACACACACAAAGACAACAUAUGAUAUGAGGUUGACAUUAAAAUCCAAAACCCCACGGGCGGCACAACACAAGCCAUUCUCUUUCCCUUCCCUUUUCAAAAAGCAAGCUACAAUCUUUCCAUCUAUACUCUCUCUCUCUCUCUCUCUCUAUCUAAAAGCACUUCUUCACUGUUGUUGGAUAACCAAAUUGGAACAAUCCCUUUGCAUCUGAUCCUAGAAUCACAAGCCUAGAUACUCAUUUUUUAGCUUUUCAUUAUCUAGGUAAUUGCUUGCAAAAAAUGACAAGGGUGACCCGUGAUUUUGGUGAUACAAUGCAAAAAGAGGCAGUGCCUGCGGUAUCUUCUGAUGUGAUAUUUGCUUCAAGUCGGUUUCCUAAUUACAGAAUUGGAGCUAACAAUCAGAUAAUGGAGACAAAGGAUGACCCAAAAGUACUAUCUGUGAAGGAGGUUGUUGCACGUGAGACUGGACAACUGUUGGAACAGCAGAAGCGUCUCUCAGUUCGUGACCUUGCCAAUAAAUUUGAGAAGGGUUUGGCUGCUGCUGCUAAGUUGUCUGAAGAGGCUAGGCUUAGAGAAGCAGCAUCAUGGGAAAAACAUGUUCUUUUGAAGAAGCUUAGAGAUGCACUUGAAUCCUUAAAAGGGCGUGUGGCAGGCAGAAACAAGGAUGAUGUGGAGGAAGCUAUAGCUAUGGUUGAAGCUCUAGCAGUACAGUUGACUCAAAGGGAAGGGGAACUUAUACAAGAGAAGGCAGAGGUGAAGAAGCUGGCAAAUUUUCUUAAGCAGGCUUCUGAAGAUGCUAAGAAACUUGUUGAUGAGGAAAGAGCUUUUGCUCGUGCUGAAAUAGAGGAUGCCAGAGCUGCAGUUCAGAGAGUGGAAGAGGCACUUCAGGAACAUGAGAGAAUGUCCCAAGCUUCAGGGAAGCAGGACGUAGAACAAUUAAUGAAGGAGGUUCAAGAGGCUCGAAGAAUCAAAAUGCUGCAUCAACCAAGCAAGGUCAUGGAUAUGGAACAUGAGCUUCGAGCAUUGAGGGUUCAACUUGCAGAGAAGACUAGACAUUAUCUUCGACUUCAAAAAGAGCUAGCAAGGACAAAGAAAGGCGGGGAAAAUGUUCCACAUUUAUAUGAACUUGAAGGGACUGAAACGUUAGGUUCUUAUUUGCAAAUUCAACCUUGCUCUGAUAAUGCUCCUGAAGUUUCAACGUGUUCAAUUCAGUGGUAUCGUGUAUCAUCUGAUGGUGCCAGAAAAGAACUUAUUUCAGGAGCUACCAAAUCAGUUUAUGCCCCUGAACCUUUCGAUGUUGGACGCUUAUUGCAAGUUGAUAUUAUUUCAGAAAGCCAGCAUAUCACUCUUUCAACCACUGGUCCAAUAGAUCCAGCUGCUGGUUUGGGAACCUAUGUAGAGGCUCUUGUACGAAAACAUGACACUGAAUUCAAUGUGGUUGUAACUCAGAUGAAUGGUUCCCAUCAUCCAACUGAAUCUAUUCAUGUACUUCAUGUUGGAAAGAUGAGGAUGAAACUCUGUAAAGGAAAAGCGACAAUUGCCAAAGAAUACUAUUCAAGUUCAAUGCAGCUUUGUGGAGUUCGAGGAGGUGGUAAUGCCGCCGCACAGGCACUAUUUUGGCGGCCAAAACAAGGGCAUUCUUUUGUAUUAGCUUUUGAAUCAGAGCGAGAAAGGAAUGCAGCCAUCAUGCUUGCAAGGAGAUUUGCAUUUGAUUGUAAUAUCAUGCUUGCUGGACCAGAUGACAGAGCUCCUAUAGGGACCUGAUGAGCCUCCUUAAUCUUAAUUCUCAAACCUGUAAUUAUCUGAGUUUUUCUACCUUGUAUUAUUAGUUUGUAACAGUAAAAUAUGCCUUGUUAUUGUGUUAAAUUGAUAAUGAUUCAUACCUUGUGGUCUGAAUCCAUUUAUAUAAUUUUGUUUUACCUGCACCAAGGCAUUUUUUUUGUUUGCCUUUGUGUGUUGACUGUUGAUGUAAGUUUUAGAGGUUACAUUAUAGAAUCGGUGGCAGCCAUAUCCAGUGUUUGAGGUGCUAAUUGGUUGUAUUCGAUUGA